AUGACGCGUGAAACGCUUCCUGGUUUAUCCGAAACCACGCGUGAAGCUAGUAGCGCGUAAUUUCUUUUUUUUAAAACUCUUCGCCUGUUGUUUGAGCAAUGGAAAUAAGAUAUUUCAUAAUUUUGCCCAUUAUUUAACUAAAAUGUAUGAGGAGGAGAUAAUUCCGUAGUUUGUGCUCGUUUCCGAUAUUAAACAUAAUCGAGAUUGAUGACAACGAUUCAACGUCAGCCCAUAAUGUCAGAAAUACACAAGAAUGUUGGAUUGACUCAAGAGGACGCCUUUGCCGACUUGAUGUCAUCAGAAUCACUUCAAGAUGUCCUGGAAAAUCAUCCCGAUUAUGUGAAAAAUAUAUCGCAGUAUCACGAGUGCCAAAAUCCAACAUCAAAAGGCUCCAGUGAAGUCGACAGUGAUUCCGGAGACAGCCUAUUUCUAACACAGAAGCCAGCGCCUCAGCCUGUGAGAGCAAUCAGGGAGCGGAAAUCAUCACGGCACACCUAUGCCACCGAGCACGAGGACAGUGGGGGGGACUCUUCGUCCUCUCACAGAGAUGAACAUGACCGCGGGAUGAGCAGAAAGAAAAAGAAACCAAAGAUCAAGUUACCAAAAUAUAGCUUCCAUUUUCUCCCGAAAGGGGAAAGGAGCCCCAGAGGCACCCAUUUAGCCACCAGAGACAAUAUAAAACUCCAUAAUUAUGUGAUGGGGGGCUUCUUUAAAUGUGUAGAGUUGUGGCAGGGAGCAGACGAUUUGUGGAUGGCUCUACCAACAGUUGACCAAGAUGAGGACAUAUCUCCACUUACAGAAGAUGGGGAAGACCAAUCUAGUGACGAGGACAUCAAAGUGGUGGAAACCGGAGUGCCCGCAGAAAACGAGGAGAACAUGGAAACUCCACACAGGCGGGUUGAACCCGGGACCUCAGAACUGUGCGGUCAACGCUUUGUUAUGAAUUUUCAUUUAUUACGGGACAAAAAAUGUUUUGUGGUCAAAUCCAAACUAAAGCAGCAACCCUGGUGCACACCAUCACAGUGUACCAAGCAGGGGAAACAUCAGCAGGAGGAAGGAGUUGUUCCUCAAGAAAGAGAAAAAAUAGUUGAACUAUCAAGUGAGCUGCCCACAUCAAGUAUGCCUCUCCCGAAAGACAAAAAUAAUCCAGUAUGUUCCUCUUCACCUUGGAACAUUCCUGCCGUGUUCGGAAAUAAUGAACCGCUAAGAACUAAUAUGGUACAAAUACAAACUCCAACAAGCAAGAGGAUUCCUUUCCCAAAAGAAAGACAAGAACUCAUUGAACCAGAGGUUAAUUUGCAGCUUGACCUCAGCGUAAAAGAAAAUCCCGUAUUUUCCCUCAGCCACAACAAAUUUACUGAGAAAACCAAACGAGGUGAGGUUGAAGAGUUGCGCUGUGCAGUCAACGAAUCUCUAAAUGAUAACGAGCAGAGGAAAAAGGUGAAGAAAAAGGGAUCACAUCACAAAUGUGGGAGUUUAGACAUGACCGCAGACCCUCGAGAAACUGGAAAAAAAAAGUUUGCUGAUGCAUCUCAAGAAGAUGACAUUAGUGAGAAGUCUUACAGUGAUGCCACAGCUUUGUCUCUAAGUAUAGGAAUGACGAAGAAAAAAUCAUCUGUCAUGGACACAACAACAAGUUGCUGGUGA